UGUUCACAAAGAACAGAAACGGGGACGCCUAUUUUCUCCUUAUAUUUGUAAUAUAUAUACAGAUAGUCACCGCUUCGCUAGGUUCAGCCAUUUUGAUAUUCAGUCUGCUGCUGCUGCUCCUCCUCCUCCUCAUUAGCCACACCGCACACGCCCAUUUUCUCUCCAAUUCACGUGCUGCACUUUAUUGGCUUGAUUGAUUGAGAUAAACCCUAGGAUUUUCAGGCACUGGUUUGGAGUUUGGGCAUUCAUUUUGACCUACACAAGGGAGCAACUUUCAUCUACCAGAGGAGGCAACCAUAAAUACAUUGGAUGCGUUGUGGGAACUGACUUUGUACUCCUGAUUUGAUAUGGGUUUUGAUAUUGAAUGCAUAGUUGACAUCCAUACCUAUCCUGGGGAGUAUUUCUGUCCUGUUUGUCGCACUCUUGUCUUCCCCAAUGAAGCCCUCCAAUCACAGUGCACUCAUCUCUACUGCAAACCUUGUCUGGCCCAUGUUGCCAAUGGGAGCCGGGCCUGUCCCUAUGAUGGAUACUUGGUGACUGAAGCAGACUCUAAACCCCUUAUUGAGUCAGACAAGACACUUGCUGAAAGCAUAGGCAAAGUUAAAGUGCGUUGUCUCUAUCACAGAAGUGGAUGCACAUGGGAAGGUCCCUUAUCUGAAUGCACUUCCCAUUGUUCUGGCUGUUCCUUUGGGAAUUCUCCAGUUAUAUGCAAUAGAUGUGGAGUCCAGAUUGUGCAUCGACAAGUGCAUGAACAUGCCCAGAGUUGUCCUGGUGUAUAUCCUGCACAACAGGCAGCUAAUGGUGCCCAAGAUAAUCCUAGCUCUGGAGCAGCCACCACUGCUGCUGGUGAUGACUCGAAUCAAACGACAACUCAUUCAGGAACUCCAGCUUCUCAAACACCAAAUCCUCAAAGCACUACUGCUUCCCUGCUUCAUGGACAAGAUCCUAAUCAGCAGACAAGUGCCAGCUCUCUGGCUCCUGCUACAGCUUCAGCUGGUGUGCCUACUUCAGAUCAGUGGUAUCAGCAACAAUAUCAACAGUAUGUUCAGCAAUAUGCUGGAUAUGAUCCUUAUCAACAGCAAACUUAUCAACAAUACUAUCCCUAUCAGCAACAACCCGUCCAACAAUAUCAGCAGCAACCUCCAAUUUACAUGCAGCCACCAGCACAACCCCAGACCCCAAUCCCAGCACAGCCUCAAUCCCAGCCCCAGCCGCAACCAUUGAAUCCUCUACCUCAACCUCAAAUUCAACCUCAAAUGCAAGCUCUACCUAAAGGGCCAACUCAACCACAGGUUCAAGCUGUGGCUCAGCAACAUCAAAACCAGGUUCAAGUCAACCCACAGCAGCAGCUUCCACCUACUGGGCAGUCUCAUACCCAAAUUCCAUCACAAAUAUUUCCGGCUUCUCAUGCUCAGCCACCUACUCAGCCUCCGCCAUAUCCUCAGCCCUAUCCGAUGCAACCUCAUUCACAACACAAUGUGCAGGUGCCACAGUAUCAGCAGCAUCCUGCCCAGGUUCACCCUCCCCAGUCUUCUCAAGCCCAACCGCAGCCGUUUGUGCAUCAACCUCAUUCACAACUUCAACCGCAGAUAAAUGUUCAACAUCAUCAACAAUCUCAUGGCCAAUUCCGCCCACCUCAGGCUGGCCAAUCUGCUCAUGGACAGACUCAGACCCUCCAUUCAACAGCCAAUGCAGUUUCAGGGUACAAUUCCUAUCCACAACCCCAGCCCAUGCAGCAAAUGCCUAUAGGGUUUACACAGCAAACUCCAAUACGUCCGCAUCUUACUAGUGGGCCUAUUCCUCCAGUUCAAACUCAUAGUCAGGUUCCUCAACAACCUCCUUUGCGCGCCAAUCAGCAAUGGGGCUUGGUACCUUCUCAAGGUCAAACUCCUGCACAGUCUCAACUUUAUCCUGCUCCACAAGCAGGACAUUUAAUUCAGCAACAUCCUGUUCAGCCUAAUCAACAACCAAUGUCUCAGCAAUACAGUCAACAGCAGGCAUUUCCUGGUCCAUUGCAGAGUCAGUCACACCAACAGGGUCAUCUUACUCACCAGCAGCCUUUGCAGUCUCAGUUUCGCCCUCAAGGUCUUCCUAGUGUGGUUCCUCAGAAUACGCACACGUAUAUCCAACCACAGCAAAAUGUUUCCUUACCACCUCCCCCACAGCUUCAACAAUCUCAAACAUAUAUAGGAAGACCUGGGAUGCAAAAUCAUGUCCAGGCAAUUUCUCAGGCCCAUGGUGGGUAUAAUACUGCACCCCAGGUCAGAUCUGUCCAGCCUGCUUCAAGCCAACCACAACUGAAUCCAAGUUAUGGGAACCACAUGAGCAAUGAGCUUGAGUCUAUGGAUCAGAAGAAACGUUCAGCCCUAGAAAGCCAUGGCGAUCAGUUACCUGACAAAACUGCCGGAAGGCCAGAAGUGGGAGUUCCUUUCCAGGAUAAUGCUCAAAAUGAUCUAAUUUCCUCUGCAGCCAAAUCAACUGAUGCAAUGGCCCCAAGAUUUGAAGCUGACUUAAACGCUGAACAACAGAAGCUUAAGAAAACUGUUGAUGAGUAUAGACAGAGGGCCAGCAGUGAUAUACAUGUUCAUAAGGGUGAUUCGGACGAGCUUAUGGGCAAAAGAACGGUUAAGGAAGAGGGGAAUGAGAAUUCUUUGGAGCCUAGAUCUGCUAACAAAUCAGCUGAUGUAACAGUUAAACCAGAGAAAGAUGCCUAUGAUGAUGCUCCAAAAGAACUGGACAACUCUUUGGCAAACCAUGCAUCAUCUGAUGCUGCUGAUGGUUCAAUUAUGAAUCUGAACGCUGGAAGAAAUUCACAUGACGUUGCCGUUGACAGAGGGGGUUUUCAGCAGUAUGGGCAUGAGAUGCCACCACCAAACUCUGGACCAUCUUCUCAACAAAGGCCUUUUGGUCCUAUGAUAAUACCACCAAUGCCACCUCCAGGUUGUGCUCCUCAUGCCCAAGUUCCCAGAUAUCCCCCCACUGCAAUGAUGCCUUCAGGGGAUGUGCCCCAGUCUUGUCAGCCAUUGAAUUCUCGUGAUCAUCAUCCACAAUUCCUGAAGCAGCCUAGUAAUGCCUCCGUUGGUGCUAUACCUGGUCCAGGUUCUACAACACCCUUUGGUAGAGGGCCUGGUCAGUUUCCUCCAGCAGGUGAUUACCGAGAGGAGAUAAAGGGAAUGGGACGAGCACCAUUAAGUGGUCCUGAAAUUCCCAGUGGAACACAACACUCAGUUAAUCCAGCAGAAUCUGAAAUGUUUCAAAAUCAAAGUAAUCAGUUCGAUGGAAAUCAACCAAACCCGUUUCCGCCAGGGUCUUUUGAAAAGGUUCCAUUUGGCCAAUCUAGAAGUAUGGAAUCAGCUAGGAAUAAAAGGUUGAAGGCGCCUAUGGGAGAGCAUUUAAGUCCUUUACCAGUGCCUCAUGAUCAAGCAUCACGGCCACUUGACAAGCCACCUCGCGGAUUAGUAUAUGAUUCAGGAUCAAAAUUGGAGGUCAGUGCUGGGGUUCCACCUAACAGAUUAUUGCCACCAUAUCAUCCUCCUGGUUCGAUGCAUUUCAAGGACAGUGGAGAAAGAGAAGCACAACUUGGUCCUCAUGAUGAUGAUAGAAGAAGGGCAGGACCUGGGUUUGGUGUGCAUCAGAUAAGUUACAUGUCUGCCCGAAAUCCUGAUGGGGAGGUCUUUAACAUUCCACCGCGCGGAUUUCGAAGUCACUCAGGUUUUGAAGAUAUUGGUGGCAGAGAGCCCUGCCAAUUUAUUGAAGGGCCUAAACCUUUAAAUUUUCCUUCCAAUGUGGCUGGUGGUUUAUUCUCUGAUGGUAGGUUCCAACCUUUGCCUGGCCACUCACAUGGACUUGAGGUUGAUGGUGUUGGGGACUUGAGAGGUACCGAGCAUACUACCUUUAUUCGUCCUUACAACCAUGUCCAUAGUGGUGAUAUGUUUGGAAAAGACGUUCCGAAUCAUUUGCAUCAUCUUGAGCCUUUGGAUCCUCAGAAAUUACCAAGUCAUUUACGUUUUGCUGAACCUGCUGGUUUUGGUACCUUUGCUGGCCGAGCUUAUAGGGGGGAGUUGUCAGGGCCUGGUGAUUUUCCUGGUUUUGGUGAACAAGUUGGAUGCAACAAACCGGGUAUACCACGGUUUGGGGAGCCUGGUUUUAGGAGCAGGUAUCCUGUCCCGGGAUUUCCAAACGAUGGACUUUAUGCGGGUGAUAUGGAUUCCUUUGAUAGACCAAGAAAGAGGAAGCCCGUGAGCAUGGGGUGGUGCCGCAUUUGCAAGGUUGAUUGUGAAACUGUUGAGGGCCUAGAUGUGCAUUCACAGACAAGAGAGCACCAGGAUAUGGCUAUGGAUAUGGUCAGGACUAUCAAGGAGCAAAACCGAAAGAAACAGAAGACUUUUAGUGAUCGUGCUGCAGUUGAAGAGAAAGGCAAGCCUAGAAAGGCCGUGUUCGAGGGCCGUGGUAGAAAAGCAUGAGUUUGGGAUGGUAAACAGGAAGUGGAAGGCAGUGGUUGAUGGUUGUAACUAAGCUCUCAAUCGGGCGUUUGCAUUGCAAUGUAGGUGCGAAUUACAGUGUCUUUCUUCCUUUUCUGGGGGGUUUUUAUCUUAGCUUUGUCAUUUCAGGUUGCUGCCCUGUUGUUGGAGAUGGUUUUGGAUUGGAAGUUUCUGUGGCAGUUAAGUUGUUUUGCCUAUGGUUUUGAAAUUUUACCUUUCCCAUAUCAGGACGAUUUAUGUCAACUUAGUCCUAGUGGAUUUGUAGCUAUGUUAAUGCACUUUCUUGCUUAUGCAAUCUAGUUUAGGGAAAUAUUUCCUGCGAAUUAAACGUUGCUAUGCAUUAGGUUCAGCUGUUCAGUACAUAUGAGAGUUUCUAUAAAAUGUAUGCUCUAGAAUUACCUUUAUCUUCUAAUGCUCCUUCAUGCUUCGGGAAAGAAAUAAUAACUAGUUGUGGUACUUCUUUGGA